AUGCCUCAUUUCGCCCUAGGUGCCCAGAUGCCAAGAAAACACCUUUCCUGCCUGAAGAUCCCUGGCGGAGGGCUGGGCCAUGGCGUCCCCAUCAGACCCCGUCACAUUUCGAGAGUUCUGUCCUUUGUACUAUCUGCUCAAUGCCAUCCCCACAAAGAUCCAGAAGGGCUUCCGCUCACUGGUGGUGUACCUCACAGCCCUGGACGCCAACGGGGACUAUAUUGCCGUGGGCAGCAGCAUCGGCAUGCUCUACCUGUACUGCCGCCACCUCAGCCAGAUGAGAAAAUACAACUUUGAGGGCCGAACAGAGUCCAUCACAGCUGUGAAGCUCCUGAGCUGCUUCGAUGACCUGGUGGCCGCGGGCACAGCCUCGGGGAGAGUCGCGGUCUUCCAGCUAGUGUCUUCACUACCCGGGAGAAAUAAGCAGCUCCGGAGAUUUGAUGUCGCUGCCAUUCACAAAACCAGCAUAACGGCUCUGGCCUGGAGCCCCAACGGGAUGAAAUUAUUCUCUGGCGAUGACAAGGGGAAGAUCGUCUAUUCGUCUCUGGAUCUAGACCAGGGCGUCUGUCACUCACACCUGGUACUGGAGGAGCCGUCUUCCAUCGUGCAGCUGGACUACAGCCAGAGGGUGCUGCUGGUGUCCACGCGCCAGAGGAGCCUGCUCUUCUACACAGAGGAGAGGGCAGUGCAGCAGGUCGGCACGCAGCCCAGAAAAAGCACUGGGAAGUUUGGUGCUUGCUUCAUCCCUGGCCUGUGUAAGCAGAGCGACCUCACCCUGUACGCGUCUCGGCCAGGGCUCCGCCUGUGGAAGGCCGACGUUCACGGCGCUGUCCAGGCCACGUUCAUUCUAAAGGAUGUGUUUGCUGGCGGGGUGCAGCCCUUCGAGCUCUACCCGCGCCUGGAGUCAGCUGAUGGCGGGGGCUGCGGCUCCCCUGAGAAGCACCUGGGGCUGGUGUCAUGCUUUUGCCAGGACGGCUGGGUGCUGAGCUGGAAUGAGUACAGCAUCUACCUCCUGGACACCGUUAACCAGGCCACGAUUGCUGGUUUGGAAGGAUCUGGUGACAUCGUGUGUGUUUCCUGCACCGAGAAUGAGAUCUUCUUCUUAAAGGGAGACAGGAACAUCAUAAGACUUUCCAGCAGGCCUGAAGGCCCAGCAUCAAUAGGGCGAGACAGUCUGGAGGUGUCAGGGGCUGCCGAGUGCUCCCGCGCACAGUGGGGAGAGAAGCCGGUGGGAGCCGGAGGGACCGAGACUCGGCUCCGCGGCCACUCGGUGACCAGCUCCGCAGCCAGCGAACCCAGGAGCCGGAGCAGCUCACUCACCUCCACCGACAGCAGCUCUGGGCUCCCGGGGGCCCUGGCUAGAGGCAGCCAGCCCGCAGCACAGAGGUUCAGUGUCAUCAGCACGGAAGACUUCGACCAGGAGCUGGUGGUGAAGCCCCUCAAAGUGAAGAAGCGCAGGAGGAGGCGCAAGUCAGAAGGCGGAAGCAGGAGUACAUGCCCCAGCUCUCUGGACUCCACGCCCUGCUGUGAGUUUCCCGAAGACAGUCCCCAGGCCUUGCUCACUGACCUGCUGCCCCCCGGCAUUGGGGGCUCCUGCAGCCUGGGGUCUCCCGAUGGUGAGAGCAAUCUCCACAGCCUGCAGGACAUGGACCCGGAAGCAUUUAGUGUUCUGGAAGUGCCUGAACCUAGCCCUGACAUACCUGGUGAAGACUGUGCCCCAGGAACCCCUGUGCCCCUGGGACACCCUGCGCAGGAGUUAGAGCUUCCCUGUGGGGAGCAGAGCCUGCCCUUGCCACCCAGGGAAGAUGGAGAAGGCUGUGAGGUCUCCAGCCUGCAAGAGGAGCUGGGCCCUGCGCAGCACAGUGGACAGUCCCCCUGCCCAGAGCAGGAUGGCGCUGAGCAGGUCCUGGAGGCCACGUGCCUAGAGCCAGGUGACCCCCAUCCUGUUUCUGAUGUUCCGGUCCUGGGAUCCUCCCCAGUGCCUCCUGGCCUUGGCUGGUUCCCCUGUGCUGACCAGUGGCCGCUGGUGACCAGAGCCGAUGAGGGCAGCAUUGAGGGGGCCAGCCAGGAGCAAGACCACCUUGGGACCCACCCCGAGCCCGUGGUCCCUGGCAGAGACACUGGUCAGAAAGCCAGUGCAGAUGUGGAGGGACAGCAGACUCGUCCGGUCUCAGCCUGGGCGACCAGGGCCCCAGAGCCUCGCGCAGAACCGCCUUCCCGGGAGCCGGCACUGACGUCCAGCGAUGAGGAAGACAUCUACGCCCAUGGGCUCCCCUCUUCGUCCUCAGAGACGAGUGUGACAGAGCUCCGAGGCAGUCGCUCCCCGGGGCAGGAGCUGGGUCAGCCUGGCCCAGAUGGCACGGGGCUGCCCAAGUCAGACCAGUUUGCAGAAAGCUGGAUGGUCUACUCGGGCCCCGGCUGUGGCAUCCUCAGCCUGGCCAUCUCUGAGAAACACGUGUGGUGCCUGGACAGCAGAGGCGGGCUCUUCUGCAGCGCGCUGCCGGGCGCCGGGCUGCGCUGGCACAAGUUCGAAGACGGCGUCCAGCAGGUGGCGGUCUCGCCCUCAGGUGCCCUUCUCUGGAAGAUCGAGCAGAAGUCAAACCGCGCUUUCGCCUGUGGGAAAGUAACGGUCAAGGGGAAGCGGCACUGGUACGAGGCUUUGCCCCAGGCGGUGUUUGUGGCCCUGAGCGAUGACACGGCCUGGGUCAUCAGGACCAACGGGGACCUGUACCUGCAGACAGGUCUCAGCGUGGACCGCCCCUGUGCCCGAGCCCUGAAGGUCGAUUGCCCGUACCCGUUGGCACAGGUCACAGCCCGCAGCUGCGUGGUUUGGGCGCUGACGGAGCAGCGGGCGCUGCUGUACCGAGAGGGCGUGAGCACCUUCUGCCCCGAGGGGGAGCAGUGGAAGUGUGACAUCGUCAGUGAGCGGCAGGCCUUGGAGCCAGUGUGCAUCACCCUCGGGGACCAGCAGACACUCUGGGCCCUGGAUGUCCACGGACACCUGUGGUUUCGAACUGGCAUCAUGCCCAAGAAGCCCCAAGGAGACGAUGACCACUGGUGGCAAGUGAGCAUCACAGACUACGUGGUGUUCGACCAGUGCAGCCUCUUCCAGACCAUCAUCCACGCCACACACUCAGUGGCCACAGCUGCCCAGGUGCCCGUUGAGAAGGUGGCGGACAAACUGCGCCUGGCAUUUUGGUCUCAGCAGCUCCAGUGCCAGCCCAGCCUCCUGGGAGUGAGCGCCAGUGGUGUCUGGAUCUCCUCUGGCAAGAAUGAGUUCCAUGUCGCUAAAGGAAGUCUUGUCGGCACCCACUGGAAUGCUGUCGUGCCCCGAGGGACGGCGUCCACCACAAAAUGGGCCUUUGUGUUGGCGUCCACGGCCCCCACAAAGGAAGGAAGCUCCCUGUGGCUGUGCCAGGGCAGCAAGGACCUGUGCAGCGUGAGCGCCCAGAGCGCGCAGGCCCGCCCGUCCACCGUGCAGCUGCCGCCCGACGCCGAGAUGCGGGCCUACGCCGCCUGCCAGGACGCACUCUGGGCCCUGGACAGCCUCGGGCAGGUGUUCAUCAGGACCCUGUCCAAGAGCUGCCCCACGGGCAUGACCUGGACCAGGCUGGACCUGUCCCAGCUAGGCUCCAUCAAGCUGACCAAUUUGGCAUGUGGAAACCAGCAUGUCUGGGCCUGUGACUCUAGGGGUGGAGUUUACUUCCGUGUGGGGACCCAGCCUUUGAACCCCAGUCUGAUGCUUCCAGCCUGGAUUAUGAUCGAGCCCCCAGUGCAGCCCGCUGGGGUGACCUUGGUCAGCGUACACUCCAGCCCCAAUGACCAGAUGCUGUGGGCACUGGACAGCAGGUGGAAUGUGCACGUGCGUGUGGGGAUCACGGAGGAGAUGCCCGUGGGGACCGACUGGGAGCACGUGCCAGGCUUGCAGGCGUGCCAGCUGGCACUGAGCCCGCGAACCGUGUGGGCCCGCUGCCCCAACGGUGACCUGGCCCGCCGCUACGGCAUCAGCGACAAGAACCCGGCGGGAGACUACUGGAAGAAGGUCCCGGGGAGCGCCACCUGCCUCACAGUGACCACAGCAGACGAGCUCUGGGCCGUGGGCCCCGCCGGCGCCCUCCUCCAGCGGCUCACGAGGACUUUCAGCCACGGGCACGGGGCCCAGAGCAGCCCGGCCAGUGCACCGCACCCCGAGGAGCUGGAGGACGAGUGGGAGGUCAUCUGAAGGCCGCGCCACCAGCACCCAGGGAGCAGCGAGGCCGCGCUGCUGCGACAUGCCCGGUCAGUUCGGAGCCCCACAAGCUUCUCCCCCCGACACCACCACGGUUAUGGUGGCGGCACCCCUGGACCCUGGUGGGGGGGGACUGGGGGCUGUGGUGCCCCGUUGCAUGCACUGCAGUUACCUGUGUGCUGCAUCCCCUCAUCCCUGUCCACACCCGCCCAGCAGGGCUACACACUCCUGCGGGCAGGACCGGCCAGAGCCAGGCAGGGCACCAGCCAGGGAAUGCAUCAGUGCCCAGCCUGCCGCCAUGCCCCCAGCACCUCAGACACAUUUCAUGCGUGAGACUGCAGUGGGGCACCAGUCAGGUGUCCCCGUGGGGCACCCCCCCGCCCCAGCCAGGGCAGGUGCACACCUCGAGGAGGCUCUGGCAGCGGUACAGGCUGGGGCGCAGACAAGGGGUGCAUGGAGGCGGAGCCUCGCCACGGCCUUUUCCCGCUGUUGAGCCCUGCAGCAGAUACCUCACCUGGAGUCGAGCUCACUCCAGACGUGCAUUCCUGAAACCGGGGCAGGCCGAGUGUGGCCGCCAGAGGGACCCCGGCAGGGCAGUGGCAGCGUGAGGGCUGGGCCCUGAGGCCUCCAUCUGGAGCCCUGACCUCCAGCCACGGCUGUUCUGACUGCGGUGACAGGGCCAGCUGCCAGGAAGGGGGUUCCCGGGGCGGGUCAGUGAGGUGGGGGCCCCUUGGCAUCUGCCCACCUGCCUCGGCGGCUCCUACACCGAGGGGCCGCUGCUGAGUCCAGCCGCAGCUCCGCACCACCUCCAGGCCAGCUCCGUGCUUGACCUUCUGGUUUUUGUUUUCAGCUGUGCUUGGAGACAGUGCAAUAAACUGGGACUUUUCCAAACCUG